AUUGAGCAUCAACUUUGUGGUGAGCAGAUCUCGGGACAUCGCUUUCCACAUGAACCCCCGGGUGAGGGAGGGGACUGUGGUGAGGAACAGCUUGAUGGGAGGAGACUGGGGUCAGGAGGACAGAGAGCUCAGCAUGAACCCGUUCAUGGAGGGACAAUACUUUGAUAUGUCCAUUCGCUGCGGGAACCAGAGGUUCAAGGUGUUUGUGAAUGGGCAGCACUUGUUUGAUUUCUUCCACCGCCUGCAGUCCUUCAGUGAGAUUGACAUGCUGGAGAUCGAGGGUGACGUGCAGAUCUCUUACAUCCACUUCUGAGACCACACACACCUCUUGUUCUGUAAUUUGGGGCACAUUUCACAUAAAAAAAGCACCAAAGUAAUGUGCUUUCUGUAAAACAAUCAGUGGUUUAAAUAAAAAUAUUCCUCCAGUUUAGUGUAUUCACUGGUUGCAAAGCUUAAACAUAAACAACUUUUUGGAUAUUUUAAGGGAAAGGAUAUUUUUGCUAAUUACCUAAUACGGUCACAUCAACUAUGUUACUCAUGA